AUGGAUGACAACGAACAGCAGCGGCUGUCUGCUCUGGAGACCAGCAUACAGAACAUCGAGGCCGUACUCACCCGCCUCAUCUCUCAACAACAACAACCCCCUGCCCCUGCCCCUGCUCCAGCUCCGGCAGCGGGUCCAGGUGUUUCUACUGGCGCCAGCCCUGCGCGCCCCCUUAUCCGUCCGAAUCCUCCCUUCUCCUUCGAUGGGGAUCGCACCCUGGGCAAGAGCUUCUUGCAUUCAGUGAAGCAGUACUGGUGUCUGCUUCCUGAGGCGUUCUUUGUGAAUGGGGCAGUCUCGGAAGAAAAGGUAGUCCGCUUCGCCCUGUCCUACAUGUCCAAGGACUCCGCGGCCUCCUGGUCCGAGCGCAUAUUUGUCGAGGAGAACGAGCAAGACCACGCCCUUGCGCGACUGGAGACCCAUCUGUACUAUAUGGGCUCCCGUGAUGUGUUCAAGUACACGGACGAAUACGACGACCUCCUUGAUCUCGCCGGCUAUACCGACGAUCUGGUCGAGGUGACCAAAUAUAGGACGGGCCUGGAUCCGAAGAUCAACCAGGCUAUCACCACCUCUGGCAACCCUCCCAGGCUCACUGACUACGCCGAGUGGCGUGUCCGUGCGUUCCGGCAGUACAAUGCGGAACAAGCUGCCAAGGCGUCUCGAGCGCCGGCAAUUGCUGCUCGCCCGGCGCCGGCUCCUGUUGCCCACCCCAUCCCCAUGGAGUUGGAUUGGACCCGGCUCCGUGGUGACAUUUGUCGCACCUGCUUCCGCUGCGGCAGUCCGGGCCAUCUUGCCCGUGACUGCCCCACCCCAGCUGAUAUCUGUCACACUGAUGUCCUUGAUGAGGUCAUCAACCAGCUGGGAAGUGAGUUGCUCUCUGAGUUGGUUGCCCAGGUUGCGACCACUGCAGCCGUUGCGGAUCAUCAACGAGUGAGUAGUACGCCCUCGUUCGCUUCACGUAAUUGUUUCUCCUGUUUGUAUGAUGAAUCCAAUUCCCUCCACUCUGCAACAGUUGAAGCAAUAGACGUACACCCUGCUCCCCCUCUAAUCCCACGAGUCCGUAAGGAGAAGUGGGAACGCAAGCUCCCUUCCUGCUAUGUUGCUGCCACCUCUCCCGGGGCCAAUUCUCUCCACCUCCCCCUCGAGAUCGAGUCCACCGACAAUGCAGUGAAGUUAUCUCUCAAAGGCCUGGUCGAUUGUGGUGCCACAUCCAACUUCAUUGACUCAGACUACCCCCUCGAAAACCACCUCCCCAUUCGACGCCUCACCCAGCCAAUCCCCGUUUACAACGUGGACGGCACGCCGAACAAAGCCAGUUCCAUUUGCGAAGUCGCCGAUGUGGUUCUCCGUUAUUAG